AUGAAAGGAUAUUUUGAUACUGAGACUGCAAAUUCUGAGCAAGAAGAUUUACCUGAACAUCCUGCUGGGAAAAAGACUAAGGAAAGAAAACGCUACAUUCCACAAAGAAAUUCUGUGGCUUAUGCAUUACUAAUAACGCUGCACAGAGGGACUCCGAAUGAGAAAGAUUUCAUGCGUAAACAACAACUUAUUGAUGCUGCUGACGCGAGUGGGCUCUCACACGCUCCUGUUGCGCCAGAGAAAGGAAAAGGGAAAGCAGGACUUGGCAUCUCUAAGAGGGAGUGGUAUAGCGGAUGGAGCUGCAUGACGACACUUAUACAAAAGGGAUUAGUGGUGAAAUCUAGCAACCCAGCAAAGUACAUGCUGACAGUGGAAGGCCGGGAAGUAGCAAAAGAAUGUAUUAUGCGAUCUGGAUUAUUGAAUUCACACGACGAUGUAUCUGAUGAUGAAAUGGACUUUGCACAGCCAUUUGCCGAUCCAAAAUCUAAGGCAGAUUCAGCUGGACCGUCUAGAGCACAAACAUGUAUGGUCUUUAGCAAGCAUAUGAUCUAA